AUAAAACAUAUUUGAUUUAUUUUCAAACAGUAUAAAAUAAAUUGAAUAUAUUAUAUAUCUUUGUAAUUUUUAACAAACCAACUAUAGAUUAAAUCACUGUUUUUUUUGUAAAUAGCUUUUGUUUUUUUUUUUUUUUCUUUUCCUUUUCAUAUUAAAAAAAGUUAACUUUUUUUAAUAUUUCACAUAUAUAUAACAAGUAAAAAUGUCGAUUAUGGCUUAUAAUGGUGGUGCCUGUAUUGUAAUGACUGGCAAAAACUGUGUUGCAAUUGCAUCAGAUUUAAGAUUUGGUAUCCAACAACAAACCAUCUCUAAUGAUUACCCAAAAGUUUACAGAGUUAACGAUAAAUGUUUUAUUGGUAUUUCAGGUUUAGUUACUGAUGCACAAACUUUACAUCAAAAAAUUGUUUUUAGACAUAAUUUAUAUAAACUUAGAGAAGAAAGAGAUAUGUCACCAAAAGUAGUUACAAAUUUAAUUGCAAAUAUGUUAUAUGAAAAGAGAUUUGGACCAUAUUUUACCGAACCAUUAAUUUGUGGUUUAGAAGGUCCAGAUAAUACACCAUACAUCAGUGGUAUGGAUCUUAUUGGUGCACAAGUACAAACUGAUGACUUUUUAGUUGUUGGUACUAUGACUCCAGCAAUGUAUGGUGUUUGUGAAACUUUAUAUAAAAAAGAUAUGAAUGAAGAUGAACUUUUUGAAACCAUCUCACAAUGUAUGUUAGCCAGUUUAGAAAGAGAUGCACUCUCAGGUUGGGGUGCUGUUGUCAAUAUUAUCACACCAACUAAACUUAUCACCAAAAAAUUAAUAGGACGUCAAGAUUAAAUUUUUUAUUCCUUCAUAAUAGAAUGAAUGAAAAAAAUAAAAAAACUUUUUUUUUUUCUCAAAAAAAAAAAAAAAAUAAAAAAAAAUAAAAAAAAAACUAAAUUCAACAACAAU